AUGAACGCCAGGUUCGAAUCUCGAGGUCUCGUGUGCAUCACUGAGCCUUGGGUGUCGAUGACCCCAGGUGAAAAGAGUGGUUGGGAUGUGGUGCUGUCUCUGGGAGCCGACGUGCUGCCCGAGUACAAACUGCAGGCGCCACGCAUCCACAAGUGGACGAUCCUUCACUACAGCCCGUUCAAGGCCGUAUGGGACUGGCUGAUCCUGCUGCUCGUACUCUACACUGCCGUGUUCACGCCGUACAGCGCCGCAUUCCUGCUCAGCGAGCACCAGGACGAAGGUCGAGCCGACUGUGGCUACACCUGCAACCCGCUCAACAUGGUGGACCUGGUGGUGGACGUCAUGUUCAUCAUCGACAUCAUCAUCAACUUCAGGACGACCUACGUGAACCGCAACGACGAGGUGGUGAGCCACCCGGGCCGUAUCGCGCAGCACUACUUCAAGGGCUGGUUCCUAAUAGACAUUGUCGCGGCUAUCCCUUUCGACCUGCUCAUCUUCAGAUCGGGCCCAGACGAGCCCCAAACCACCACUCUGAUUGGCCUGCUGAAGACAGCACGGCUGCUGCGUUUGGUGCGCGUGGCACGAAAGCUGGACCGGUACUCGGAAUAUGGCGCAGCCGUCCUCUUCCUGCUCAUGUGCACCUUCGCGCUCAUUGCCCACUGGCUGGCCUGCAUCUGGUAUGCCAUCGGCAACGUGGAGCGCACGGGGUUUGCUCGCGGAGGUACCUUGAAGAUCGGCUGGCUCGACAACCUCGCUGAACAGAUCGGCAAACGCUACAACGAGAGCGACGCCUUAUCCGGACCCAGCAUCAAGGACAAGUACGUCACCGCGCUGUAUUUCACCUUCAGCAGCCUGACCAGCGUGGGCUUCGGCAACGUCUCGCCAAACACCAACCCAGAGAAGAUCUUCUCCAUCUGCGUCAUGCUCAUCGGCUCUCUGAUGUAUGCCAGUAUCUUCGGCAACGUGUCAGCUAUAAUCCAGCGUCUGUACUCGGGCACCGCUCGCUACCACACACAGAUGCUGAGAGUGAAGGAGUUCAUCCGCUUCCACCAGAUUCCCAGAGGCCUGAGGCAGCGGCUGGAGGAGUAUUUCCAACACGCCUGGUCUUACACCAACGGCAUCGACAUGAACGCGGUGCUGAAGGGUUUCCCCGAGUGUCUGCAGGCUGAUAUCUGUCUGCAUCUGAACCGCACGCUGCUGCAGAACUGCCAGGCGUUCCACGGGGCGAGUAAGGGCUGUUUACGAGCUCUGGCCAUGCGUUUUAAAACUACCCACGCUCCCCCGGGGGACACGCUGGUGCACAGUGGAGACGUGCUCACUGCUCUCUACUUCAUCUCCCGCGGCUCCAUCGAGAUCCUCCGAGACGACGUGGUGGUUGCCAUCCUGGGUAAGAACGACAUCUUCGGCGAGCCCAUCAGUCUCUACGCGAGGCCUGGGAAAUCCAACGCCGAUGUCCGGGCUCUGACCUACUGCGACCUGCACAAGAUCCUGAGGGACGAUCUGCUCGAGGUGCUCGACAUGUAUCCCGAUUUUUCCAACUGCUUCUGGACCAACGUGGAGAUCACCUUCAACCUCCGAGAUGCACACCGAAUUGUAGAGCCGGACCCUGGUGAGGAGUCAGACUGCGGUCACAGACGAGCACAGCACAGGAGACACUCCAUCCAUCGCAACAGACCGGAUGGCACGGAUAGAGAAGAGUCUUAUCCAGACCAGACAUGCGGCUCCAUGGGGAACCACAAGGGGGAGCUGCUGCGUGCACACUGGGAGGAGCUGUGCAGCAGCAUGAGUGCCACCUCAUUGUCCAGUGAGGAGGAGAUCAAACACUCACGGCCAACACGGGGAGACGUGGACCCUCCGGAAGUGAGGGAAUAUCUCUCCCCUGUGGUCAACCUCCUGCCCCCCGGCCCUGGACAAGGGGGAGCUCAUACCCUUUCAGAUAUACCAGACUCUCUGAACGUCUCAGGGUUGUAUGGCUGCUGGUCCGAGCGCAGGCAGAGUCAGAACACAGAGAGGCCGAGACACUUGUCCACAUCAGCACACACCUGCUAUCGUCAUCACCAGCGUGGCGCAAAUGCUGAGGAGAGACCGAGCGAUCUUCAGUCCCGCCUUGAACUGCUGCAGUCUCAGCUGAACCGACUGGAGACGCGGAUGACGGCCGACAUUAACGUGAUCCUGCAGCUGCUCCAGCGACAGAUGGCUCAAGUGCCACCUGCUUACAGCUCCGUGUCUCCAGCUCCAGCGGUCCAUCACCCCGCUCCUCCAUCCGACCUGUACGGGGCUCCGAUUUUCCACCCUGCGACACCUACCACUCCUACCGAACACGUCAGAGAACCAAAACACUCCUCCACCGACACUAGUCCACAGUCGGACAGCUGUAACCCAGAGUCUCACGCGUCCCUGUCCAGCGGCAUCCACCUCUCCGCAGCCACAGACGACACCAUGUCCAUGUCCCCGGAGACUGACACAGAGCCGUGUGUCCCUACGAAUCUCUACAUCCCUGAAAACCUGCAGCCUCACCUCAGCCUGCGUUCCCCUUCUCUCCCUGAGCACCUGGACGGCCCGAGCAGCCCGGGUGACACGUCACACGUUCCGAGGCACCUUUCCGACCCCGGGCUCCCGGGCAGCUAGAGUCCUGAACGUCCUGCACCGUCUUCUCAUCUCCACUGCUGGGCCACACGUGCGUCCAACAUUAACCCUACUUAAGGAUGGACCGGACACGACAGAGCCGCAGUCCUCCUCCUCUUCCUCCUGCUCCUCCUUCUGCUUCUCCUCCUUCUUCUCUUCUUCCACUUUUUCUUUACUUCUCAGAUCUUCAGGAGACUGUGCGCUUCAAACGAACUGGAAGCCACGGACACAACGUUCAUCCGCAUCAGAGCGGAGACGACCCAGAGACAAACACGCUCGCUCGGAUAACACAAAACAAAGCAGUCGUGUGUCUCCCUGAGCGUACGCACAACAAAGCACGGAUCGACUCUGCCGUGAGGACGGAGCGCAGAGGCGAAGGUCUAACCCCCGAAGUACCCCGAGUGACCCCUUACGAAGGCUGAUUCUGAUCGUUUUACCGUUUUAACGAAUCGAAUACGACUUAAAGGUCAGCAGCUAGAGAGAGACGGCGUGUUCCGACAGCGAGUUUAUUCGACGCUAAUCACGAGAUCACGCGCCGAACGUCCGCCGUUUAUUUUACGAUGGAUCUAUCGCGAAAAUUUAAAAUUAACCUAGAUUAUUAAGCUUUUCACAGGAAACAGGAAGUCGUUUGUAAAAUCCGUCCCAUCGUCCUUCCGACAAACUAAAAGCUCAGCGUCCCAGAAUGCGACGCGACCACGUGACGGAGGUUUAGCAUGAAAAUCUGUUUCAGUUUGAGGAGCUGGGAAUAAAGAAUAAAGCACUAAAGCACCGCUGCAUCGCCCACUUUAGCUAAACACGAUUCACAGAGGGUAUAGAAAAGGACACCACACCCCCACCCCACCCCCAAUUCAAGAAACAGGUCAGAAAAAGAAUAAAUCAGUGAGAGUAAAGGAGAAGUCCAUCGGUGUAGCUAAUCAUCGGCACAUUAUACACACUGACCGAACGGCAUCUUUACGGCACAUGACGAAAGCGAGACUUUAAGCUUCUCCAAGCACAGGAAGUGAGAGCGGUCGAGGCGAGUCGGACUUAAAUCACACUCUUAUUACUUAGCAGCUCAGUGUUCAUAUCUUCCAGCUAGUUUAGAAGGUGGAGAAGAUCCGAGCGCACAAAUACGACAGCACAUGGAUUUUAUCUGUAUUUUAUUGAGGUGUCCAGACGCCUGACGUUACCUCCGAGCUCCAAUUCUGUUCUUUUCUGUAGCUCUUGGAGAUUAUUUUGAGCUCUUCUCGAGGCCGGGAUUUGCUAAGAAACACAAGGAGAGCUUUCCUUUUCUCGCUCUUUCUCUCUCUCACCGGAUUUGAACUUGUAUGAGUCACUGAUCGGUUAUCACAACUGUCAUGUCCGGAUCUUAGAGAUCGUCCCUGAGAGCAAAAUAUCUCGGGCAUUUUUGAACUGUGUGCAUCUCAAGGAUCAGUUACGAACCUCAGAAAUGUAUUUUUAGUGUAUAAACGUUUCAGUCGUCUAAUGAUUAUAUUCUAGAGAAUGAAGCAUUCAGGGUUAAAAGACCCGACACAUCAGGCACCACUGACACAGAAGUGACACAGAACUGACUCAAAUGACACAGAUAUGACAGAGGACUUGAUUCAGAACUGACUCAGCCUGAUACAGACCUGCCUCAGCCUGAUACAGAACUGACACAGAACUGACUCAGCCUGAUACAGAACUGACACAGAACUGACUCAGCCUGAUACAGAACUGAUACAGACCUGACACACAACUGACUCAGCCUGAUACAGAACUGACUCAGACUGAUACAGAACUGACACAGAACUGACUCAGCCUGAUACAGAACUGAUACAGACCUGACACACAACUGACUCAGCCUGAUACAGACCUGCCUCAGCCUGAUACAGAACUGACACAGAACUGACUCAGCCUGAUACAGAACUGACACAGAACUGACUCAGCCUGAUACAGAACUGAUACAGACCUGACACACAACUGACUCAGCCUGAUACAGAACUGACUCAGACUGAUACAGAACUGACAGCCUGAUACAGAACUGAUACAGACCUGACACAGAACUGACUCAGCCUGAUACACAACUGACUCAGCCUGAUACAGAACUGAUACAGAACUGACUCAGAACUGACUCAGCCUGAUACAGAACUGAUACAGAACUGAUACAGAGGACGAAGAACUGAUAAAAUCGAUAGACUGUGGCUUAGUUAUAAAAAUGAAAAAGAAGUGUGUGUGUGUGUGUGUGUGUGUGUGUGUGUGUGUGUGUGUCAGGUAACAUGUCACAGUGUAUUUGAAGUGUGUGUCAUGUAACACAUCACAGUAUAUUUGAAGUGUGUGUGUCGGGUAACACAUCACAGUGAUUUUGGGGUGUGUGUGUGUGUGUGUGUGUGAGAGAGAGAGACAUGAAGGAUAUGAAUGUACAUCAGAUUCUUUGCCUGACUGUUAAAGGUUUACCAAAAAGCACAGAAUUUUUUUUUUUUUUUUUAGAUUAAAGUCUAUUUAUAACACAG